AUGACAGGCCGUGUCGACCAGAAAUCUGAUCAGAAGGUGAAGGAAUUGAUCGAAAAGAUCGACUCCGAAUCCACUUCCAGAGUUUUUCAGGAAGAACCAGUCACUUCGAUCUUGACACGUUACGAACCCUAUGUCGCCCCAAUUAUAUUCACGUUGUUGUCCUUUUUCACUCGUAUGUACAAAAUUGGGAUCAACAACCACGUCGUUUGGGAUGAAGCUCACUUCGGAAAGUUUGGCUCCUACUAUCUCAGACACGAGUUCUACCACGAUGUCCACCCUCCGUUGGGUAAGAUGUUGGUCGGUCUAUCUGGCUACAUUGCCGGUUACAAUGGCUCCUGGGAUUUCCCCUCCGGUCAAGAGUACCCUGACUAUAUUGAUUACGUUAAAAUGAGGUUAUUCAAUGCCACCUUCAGUGCCUUAUGUGUGCCAUUCGCCUAUUUCACCAUGAAGGAGAUUGGAUUUGAUAUCAAGACAACUUGGCUAUUCACACUGAUGGUCUUGUGUGAAACAAGUUAUUGUACGUUAGGAAAAUUCAUCUUGCUGGAUUCAAUGCUGCUGCUAUUCACUGUGACUACGGUUUUCACCUUUGUUAGGUUCCAUAACGAAAACAGUAAACCAGGAAACUCGUUUUCUCGCAAAUGGUGGAAAUGGCUUCUGCUUACUGGUAUUUCCAUUGGUCUCACUUGUUCCGUCAAAAUGGUGGGUUUAUUUGUCACAGUAUUAGUUGGAAUUUACACAGUUGUUGACUUAUGGAAUAAAUUUGGUGAUCAAUCCAUUUCUCGUAAGAAAUAUGCUGCUCAUUGGCUAGCUCGUUUCAUCGGCUUGAUUGCCAUCCCAAUUGGCGUUUUUCUAUUGUCAUUCCGUAUCCAUUUUGAAAUAUUAUCCAAUUCUGGUACCGGUGAUGCAAACAUGUCUUCAUUGUUCCAAGCUAACCUUCGUGGAUCAUCCGUCGGAGGAGGCCCCAGAGAUGUGACCACUCUCAACUCUAAAGUGACCAUAAAGAGCCAAGGUUUAGGAUCUGGUCUGUUACAUUCCCACGUUCAAACUUAUCCUCAAGGUUCCAGCCAACAACAGAUUACAACCUAUUCUCACAAAGAUGCCAACAAUGAUUGGGUGUUUCAACUUACGAGAGAAGACUCUCGAAACGCUUUCAAGGAAGCCCACUAUGUCGUUGAUGGUAUGUCUGUUCGUCUCGUUCAUUCAAACACUGGUAGAAACUUACACACUCACCAAGUUGCUGCUCCCGUCUCCUCAUCCGAAUGGGAAGUCAGUUGUUAUGGUAAUGAAACCAUUGGAGACCCGAAAGAUAAUUGGAUUGUUGAAAUUGUCGACCAGUAUGGUGAUGAAGAUAAGCUGAGAUUGCACCCAUUGACCUCCAGUUUCCGUUUGAAAUCGGCAACUCUGGGAUGCUAUUUGGGUACUUCGGGUGCUUCACUGCCUCAAUGGGGUUUCAGACAAGGUGAAGUUGUUUGUUACAAAAAUCCGUUCCGUAGAGAUAAGCGCACCUGGUGGAACAUCGAGGACCAUAACAAUCCUGAUCUACCUAAUCCUCCAGAAAAUUUUGUUCUUCCCAGGACUCAUUUUUUGAAAGACUUUGUUCAAUUAAAUUUAGCAAUGAUGGCAACAAACAACGCUUUGGUCCCAGACCCAGAUAAGGAAGAUAAUCUAGCUUCUUCUGCCUGGGAAUGGCCCACGCUACACGUUGGUAUCCGUCUGUGCGGUUGGGGCGAUGACAACGUCAAGUAUUUCUUGAUUGGUUCUCCCGCAACCACCUGGACUUCUUCAGUUGGUAUUGUAGUAUUCCUGUUCCUGCUGUUAAUUUACUUGAUCAAAUGGCAACGUCAAUAUGUCAUUUUCCCAUCCGUCCAGACUCCACUAGAGUCAGCCGACACCAAAACAGUUGCAUUGUUUGACAAGUCUGAUAGCUUCAACGUCUUCCUUAUGGGAGGAUUAUACCCGCUUCUGGGAUGGGGUUUACAUUUUGCUCCGUUUGUGAUCAUGUCGCGUGUUACCUACGUUCACCAUUAUCUUCCUGCAUUGUACUUUGCCAUGAUUGUUUUCUGCUACUUGGUUUCUCUGUUGGAUAAGAAACUAGGCCACCCAGCAUUAGGAUUACUGAUCUAUGUGGCUCUGUAUUCCUUGGUCAUUGGAACAUUUAUUUGGCUCAGCCCCGUUGUGUUUGGUAUGGACGGUCCGAACAGAAAUUACAGUUACCUAAACCUUCUACCUAGUUGGAGAGUAUCAGACCCAUAG